AGUUCAAAACGUCUGGCGGAUAGUGGAAGGCGACAAUAGCCUCGGCUGCUGUUUCCCUUGUGCGUUCUCCCGUGAGUUCCCUUCUGCGUUUAUAGUUGCAGACGACAAGGCGAGGCUUUCCCGGGGAGGACGUCUGGGCCGCAAAUCUGCGCGCUCAGCCUCCGACUGGCUUCCCGCCGGCCUGGUGGCGGCGCCUGCUCCGGUCCCGGCGUGCUCAGCCUUGCGGCUGGGAGAGCGCGCCCGCUCUGCGCCGGGGAAAGCGGGGCAGGAGGCGGCCGCAGCAAUCUGAAUGCGACGGUCUCACCUGAAGCUGAUUGCACGGCGCAUCUUAUGUGUUCAGCCUGUGAUUGACUUGGCCUCGCGAUCCUUCAUGGAGCUGAAGCUUCUGGUUUCUUCCUUAAAUGACUUUGCUUCGCUCUCACUGGCUGAAAGUUGGGACAAUGUGGGGCUUCUGGUUGAGCCAAGUCCUCCCCAUACAGUCAAUACCGUCUUUCUGACCAACGAUCUGACGGAGCAAGUGAUGGAGGAAGCUGUGCAGAAAAAAGCAGAUCUCAUUCUCUCUUACCACCCACCCAUUUUCCAACCACUCAAACGUGUAACAUGGAAUACAUGGAAAGAACGUCUGGUGAUCCGAGCCCUGGAAAACAGAAUUGGCAUUUAUUCUCCUCAUACAGCCUAUGAUGCCAUACCUCAUGGAGUUAAUAACUGGCUUGCCAAGGGACUUGGGGCCUGCAGCUUAGUUCCUCUGCAACCUGCUAUUGCAUGCAAGCAUCCCACAGAGGGGUGUUACCGGCUUGAAUUUAGUGCCAGCUCUGCAGAAGACCUAGAAACAGUUUUGUCCAGUGUGCGUGCAAUGCCAGAGGUGUCACUCAUCACAACUCUCCCUAUCAGGACUCAGGAUGAAGAGCAGACACGAAUCAGCUUGAACUGCACCCAGCGAGCCUUGAUGCAAGUGGUGGCCUUGCUCUCCCAGAACAGCCUUCUCUUCCAAAAGACUGAAAUCCUGUCCUUACAGAAGCCACUACUUGAAGAUACUGGUGUGGGGCGCUUAUGCACACUGAAGGAGCCAGUCUUGAUAUCCGAAUUGAUUGAGCGAGUGAAAUGCCACUUGAGCCUGUCUCAUGUUCGCCUAGCUCUUGGAGCAGGGAAAUCACUGGAGUCUCCUGUGAAGGUGGUUGCUCUGUGUGCUGGCUCAGGAGCUAGUGUUUUGCGAGGCACAGAAAGUGAUCUCUAUCUCACAGGCGAGAUGUCUCACCAUGAUGUGCUGGAUGCUGUUUCAAGAGGGAUAACUGUGAUUUUGUGUGAGCACAGCAACACUGAAAGGGGUUUUCUCCUGGAGCUGCAAAAAACACUGACUGCACACCUUGAAGAAAAAAUCUGUGUCAUAGUUUCUGAGAGAGAUCAAGAUCCUCUGCAAGUGGUAUAGGCAAAUAUGUUCACAUUAUGAAAUCCAGAACAUCAAUGUAUAUUCUUCAGGAGCAUAACGUAUAGCAAACAGGAAAAGCAGGCAGAAUAUUGGCAAUCUCAUUUCCAAAGUGCUGGUAACUGACAAACUGUUUGCAAUUUGACUUUCGUUAUAAAGCAACAAAAAUGA